AUGAAUAGAAGAAUUAAUAAAUCAAUAGAACAGAAAAAAGGGGCACACAUAUUUAAAAAUUUGGAAUUAAAAGAAAAAACAAAUAUUUCAAAAAAUUCAAAUAAUCAAAUUAAUUUCAUAGUCCAAAAAUUACAAAAAAAUAUAAAACAAUUUUCUAACACCCCUAAUCAAAAUGAUAAAACUUCUUCUUUUAGUAAUAACGUCUAUACUUAUAAUAUUUAUCACAAAGAAAAUGAUAUAAACCAACAAAAUAAAACCCUAACCCAGCAAAAUAAAACCCAAAGUCAGCAAAAUAAAACCCAAAGUCAGCAAAAUAAAACCCUAACCCAGCAAAAUAAAACCCAAAGUCAGCAAAAUAAAACCUUAACCCAGCAAAAUAAAACCUUAACCCAGCAAAAUAAAACCCUAACCCAACAAAAUAAAACCCCAACCCAGCAAAAUAAAACCCUAACCCAACAAAAUAAAACCCAAAACCAACAAAAUAAAACCCUAACCCAACAAAACAUAAAUACCAUUUCCAGUGAUACAUUGAAAAGUAUAAUAAAACAAAAUGACAAAUUAACUAAUGUUUCUAACAAAUAUACACUAAAAACAAAAAAUUUAUUAAACGAAAAAAAUAUUACAAAUGAAGAUACAUAUAUUUCUUCGGUAAAUAUGAUAAAUAAAUAUAAUAAGACAGAUAAAAAUGAAAUAAAUCAACACAAUUUAGAAAAAAAAAAAAAAAUAAUCAACUAUCCUGUAGAAACUUUAGGCAAUAAUAAUGAUAAAAACAGUUUCGAAACAAUGAGACAAAAAGGGAAUGAUGAUAAAUGUCCUACUCAUUCAACUGUGAAUUAUAAAAUUGAAAAAAAAAUAUUAAAAGAAAACAUUUUUAAUAAGAACUUAUCUUCUAUUAUGAAAGAAAAAGCAACUAAGAUAAAAACCAAUAUGAUCAAUAAUCCAAAAAAUGAGACAGAAGAAAUAAAAACAUCUAUAUAUAAAAAAAUUGUAAUAAAUAAUAACAUAAUGAAAACAAAACAAGAAUGUAAUAGUUUAAUUAUUGAUAAAAAAAAGAAUGAUUCACAAAAUAAUAAAAAUUUAAAAAAAUUUAAGAGAAUUAUUCCAUAUGAACUUCCUCCUACAAAAAAAAAUAAAAAUGAAAAUAUCCAAACAUGUAAAAAUGUGGCAUAUCCUAUAUCAUCUAAUAAUAUAUAUAAUAACAAGGAAAAUACAAAAAAAAUAAAUGACGUAAACGAAAAAAAAAUAAAUGACGUAAACGGAAAAAAAAUAAAUGACAUAAACGAAAAAAUGAAUUCAUUAUCGAUCCCUAUGAAUUUUAAUUCUAUAGAAAACGCAUCUGUUAAAAAUGAUCAGCUGUCUAAUAAUAUAGAUUCAAAAUCUGACUCAGUUAAUUAUAACCAGUUAAGUUAUACACAAAAAACAACAAUACAAUCAAAGACGCCAUCUAUUAUGUAUAUAAAAAAUGGACAAAAAAAUUUAAAUAAAUUAAAUAUUAGUGAAAAAAGAGAAACAAAAUCAACCAGUUAUUAUCCUAGAAAUGAAAUAAAACCCUUAUUAAUUAAAAAUAAAAAUAGUAAAAAUACUGAUCAAAUAGAAAAAAAAAAUAUUCGUAAAAUUACAAGUACAAAAAGUUAUAUAUCAUUAACAAAUAUAAAAAUGAAAAAUAAUUCAAAUAUUACAAUUAACAAUUCUUCUGAAAAAAAUCAUUUUAAUAAACAUACUAAUCAGGAAACAAUUCUAAAAAUAGACAAUAGUGAGCUUUUAAAUAAAAAAACGAAUAUGCUUUUUCCUAAAACCUUAAAAACAUUUAAAGAAGUUAACAUACACCAUAAAAUAAAUUUGAAUAAUUCCAAAGAUAAUAAUUUAUUUUCCUUACAAUAUGAAAAUGACAAUAUAAUUGAAGGAAAUAAUGAAUUUUAUGAUUUACCAAAUCAAGACCUUUAUUCGAAAGAGACUACAAAAAAUGAAAAUAUUCGCAAUUUUGACCAUCUUGACCAUCUUGCCCAGCUUGGCAAUCUUGGCAAUUUUGACCAUCUUGACAAUUUUGACCAUCUUAACAAUUUUGACCAUCUUGACAAUUUUGGCAAUCUUAACAAUUUUGACCAUCUUAACAUUUUGAACGAUCGUAAAUUUGUUAAUUACAAUAUGCCUCAAAUGAAACAGUCAUAUAAUAAUAUAAAGUCAGAAAUGGAUUCAAAAAAUAGAAAUGUUCAAAAUAAUUUGGGAAACUGUUAUAACGACAAUAAAUAUAGUGAAAAAUUUAAUAAUAGUGAAAAUAGCAAUUAUAAUAAUAACACCAUUGUUGAAAGUAGUGGUACCUGUCAAGAUGGUGAUAAAAUACUUAUAACUGUUAAACCAAUGGAUUCUACAGAUUCUAUUAUCACAUCUAAUAUAGAAAAUGACCGAGUGAAUUGCCAAAAUUAUAUAUUAAAAAAAAAUUUUAAUUCUGAAUCAAAAGAAUAUAAUUUAUUCCAAACAAAUAAAAUGAAUAAUACAAUGUUAAAACCAAGACAUGAAUCCAUACAAAUCGGAUUAAAGCUUGAUGAAAUGAAAAGAAGAAGUUUCGAAAUUUUUAAUUAUAAUACACAAGUUGAAAAUAACUUAUCAAAAAACAACAAAGACAUGUUAAGUAAUAUCAUAGUAAAAACUGAUAACACAAAAAAACAAAAAUCGAGAAAUAUCAUUGAAUUGAUUCAAAAUGAAGAUAAACUAGAAUUCUUAAAAAAAAGAAAAUUAAGUUAUAAUAUAGACACAAAUAAAAAUAAUGAAAAAAAAACAUCCUUAUUUUUCAAAAAUUCUAUAAAUCCUAAACCCGGAAUUCCAUUCAAUUCAUCUAUUCGAAAUAUUAUAGAAAAGGUUGUUGGCAAACAUCUGGUCCUAAGAAAAAGUAUACCAAAUUAUAAAAAGCCAAACAAAAAGGAAAAUACAAUAAAGUUAAAUGAUCAGCAAGUAAAUAAUAAAAACAAUAAAAACAAUAACAAUGAUAAUAAUAACAUUACCGUGAAAAAUAUCAAUAACCGAUUAAAAAAAAAAAAUAGCUUCAACCCACUAAAUCAUAUCAAUUUAAAUAAACCACCUUUUGUAAGAACUCAAUACAGUCACAUUUCUAGCAACCCCAAUACAGAAAAUGAAUUAUCACAAAAUUUGGAAAAUAAAGCUAAUAUAUCAAUGAAUAUUUUAUUAAAAAAAUUCCCACCCCCAAAAUUUGAAAUGUCCCCUAAUAUGAAUAACAUUUCAAAUAUACCCAAUAAUAAUGAUAAAAAUGAAACACAAAAUAAUUAUAUAAAUAAUAAUAUCAUGUCAAAAAAUUUAAAAAAAAAUAAUAUAAUAUUUAAUUCUCAAAUAAAAUCAUAUUAUAAAACAGAUUUGAGUCAAAUUAGUAAUUUUUCAAAAAAUAGACAAUCACAAAAUAUAAAAUAUGGAAACGAUGGAAAUAAAAAAGAAAUAAACAAUGUCGAUAAUAAUAAAAAGUCUUCACAACUAAAUUAUGGAUAUAAAAAAUUGGAACAACUUUCUUCCAUUUUAUUAGAAACUCACAAAGAUGAAAAUAAAAUAAAUUUAAUGGAUCCAGCUGAUAAAUAUAACAAUAUAAUUAACAAAUUUAUAAAUAACGGUGACUUAAAAUAUGAUAAUACUCAUAACAAUAGUUUUGGAAAUAUUGAUAAUAUUUGGAAUUUUUCAAAAUAUUCACAAAUAAAUAAAAAAACUUUUCUUUUAUCUGAAUGUGAAGAAAACAAACCAACCCAUUGUACUAUGACAUGCACAGAAGAUCCUUUAAUUUGUCAUAAAUGCGAAAAAAAUGGAGGCAAACAAAAUGGAGGCGAAAAAAAUGGAGGCAAACAAAAUGGAGGCGAAAAAAAUGGAGGCAAACAAAACGGAGGCAAACAAAAUGGAGGCGAAAAAAAUGGAGGCAAACAAAACGGAGGCAAACAAAAUGGAGGCGAAAAAAAUGAGAGUGACAUAUUACAGAAUAAUUAUCAAGACCAAAUAAAUUGCGAUAAAAACCCAAAGCAGAAUGUCGAGGAUAAGACUUUUAAUUUAUUUGCUAUGCUAACAGAAAAAGAAUGCAAAGACAAAAAAAUUGAAAAUAUAAAAAUGGAUAAUGAUAAUAAAAUCGAUGAAGCAAAGCAACUUGAGAAUGAACAAAUAGUUAAACAAAAUUGUGAAACAUCGAAAAAAAAAAAUAAAAUAAUUUCUCAAAAAAAAGAAAAUCUCGAAUCAAAAUUUUAUCGAAUGAAAAGUGAAGAAAAUGAAAAGACCAUUCACGAUGAUACAUAUCCCAUAAGUGGAUCUCAACCAAAUACAAACGAUAUACAUUCUAAAAAAUACAUCAACAAUAAAAUAGAUUGUUCUGAUUUAAGCCACAAGGAAGAUCUAAUUAGUGGAAAAAAAAUUAGUGGAAAAAAAAUUAGUGAAAAAAUAAAUAGUGAAAAAAUAAAUAGUGAAAAAAUAAAUAGCGAAAAAAAUAAUACUGAAAAAAAAAAUAGCGAAAAAAAAAAUAGCGAAAAAAAAAAUAGUGAAAAAAAAAAUAGUGAAAAAAAAGCUAGUGAAAAAAAAGCUAGUGAAAAAAAAGCUAGUGAAAAAAAAGCUAGUGAAAAUGAAAAAAAUGUCGAUGGUCAAAGAGAAGAUAAACAAAGAAAAAAUUUGGGAUCCAAUUCAUUUCAAAUAGUUAACAAUCAAAUAAUCGAACAAAAUAAAAUGGAAUCUACAAAUAACAUUGAUGAGCAAAUUGAGAUUGUAAAAAAAAACAACCCCUUACUUAGUAUUAAACCCAAUAAAAGCCAAAACUCAAAUUUAACAAAUUUUGACGAUAAUAAAUGGGAAACUAAAACGAUAGUUCCUCCUGAUCAUGUACUAAAUAACAAAAGCAAAAGCGAAAGCAAAAACAAAAACACUAAUAAUAAUAAUGAUGAUGGUGAUGAUGAUGAUGAUAAUUACAAAUAUAUAACAACAUCUACACAAUCCGAAUCGCAAAAUAAUAUAACCAAAUUCCCAAAUGAAGAUACAAUUUUCAAUAAUACAUGCUUGGAUAAUUAUGAUACUAAAAUAAAAAUGAUAGAUCAUAAAAAUAAAUAUCUUGACAAUACUAAUCACUUAGAAUUAUUUUCAAAUCCACCACAUCUAAAUUUUAUUUGGAAUGGUGAAAAAAUAAAUGAUACCAAAGAUAAAGAUUCCCAAAGGGUUGGGGAAUAUACACAUGCUAUAAGUCAUGAAAAUUGUCAAAAUCGUCAAAACUGUCAAAAUAGUCAAAAUAGCCAAAAUUGUCAAAAUUCGCAAAAUUCAACCAUUUUUCAAAACAAGAAACAUACAGAACCAAUCGCAUCACAAUCUAAAGACGAAUUAAAUGAUGAUAUUUUUAAAAAUAGAAAAAAAAAAAAACGGGGAAAAUAUAUUAUAAGUUCAAACGAUAAUCUUGAUAUUUCCCUAAAUAAUAAUGAUUUUGAUGAAAAUGGACAAAAUGAAGAAGAAUAUAUUUAUACUAAUGUUAAUAAUAACAAUUAUUUAUUUAAUUCAUUUAUUUAUGACGAAAAUAUAAAUAAUGAUGAAUUGGGAAGUUUUAUAAAUUGUGAAGAAAAUUGUUUUGAUAUAAAUAAAGAGAAUAAAAAAAUAUACAAUGAUAAUAAUUUACCGAUUCAAUUUAGUUCAUCAUAUAAUUUUAAAACAACUAAUAAUAACCUAUCAUUAUUUACCCCAAUAAAUGAAGAAAAUAUAUAUCAUGAAAAUAUUUUGUAUGAUCAAGAAAAAGAUCUGACUCACUUAUUUACUUUUAAUGUUCAAUUAGAUUCAAUACAAGAAAAAGAAAAUAUAGAAAAAGACAAUUCUCAAAUUGAGUCCAAAAUUGAUCAUAAUAUUUAUCAAGAACAAACUGAAAUCUCAGAUAAUGAUAAAACUAACAUGAUUUAUAGGAAAUUGAAAAAUGUUUUUUUUAACAAAAUAAAUAAGUAUGUAAAAAAUGAUUCUACUAAAAAUACAUCUACUUAUAUUGAAUCUGAUAAUACUCCUUUUGAACAUACUAUUGAAGAUGUAAAAAGAAAAAAAAUAAACCAAUCUACUACUUCAAAUAAAAAAUCAAAAUCAUCAAUAAUAAGAAAAAAAGUUCGACCAAAUUAUGAAGAAGAUACAAAUAUUAACAUAUAUGAAAAACAUUAUAUAAAUAGAAGAAGAAAAAAAAAUGAAUCUGAAAAUAAUACAAAUAGUCAAAAAGAAACUUCUGAUAUCUAUACAAAUGACAUUAUAGAUAUAAAAAUUAAAAAAAAUGAAAUUCCAGAAAAUAGUGAAACAACUAAAAUAGACACAGAAAUAGGAACCCAAUUAAAUAAUUUAGAUCAUAUUUCAAUUAUUCCUAAUAAUCAAGAUAGUGAUAAUUUUUUAUUAAGUACUUCAAAAAUUGUAUCAUUAUAUGACCAAGUAGAUUCACAUGAUUCUAAUUGUACUGAAUCUAUUUUAUGUCAUGGUACACCAGAAAAUUAUGCUACUAAUAGUAGAAAUGAAAAUAUGGAUGAACAAAUUGAAAACAAGUUAAUUAUCGAAAAAAAGGAAGUACAUACAAAAUAUUUAGAAAUAGAAGAAUACACAAAUUAUACUAAAGGAAUUUUUGAUAAUGCAUUUUUUACAAAUAUUGAUUCACAUUCUGAUCAAAAAUCGAUGCACGAAAAUAAUAUUAUAAAAAAAGAUUCAAUAGAUGUAGCAUUCAAAGAUAACGAUAUUAAUGACACAUCUGAAAAGGUAAGCAUUCACGAAAAGAAUAUAACUGAGAUGGACACAAAAACAAACUUAUUGUUAGACAAAAUAGGAGAUGACAAAAUAGGAGAUGACAAAAUAGGAGAUGACAAAAUAGGAGAUAAUGAAAUAGGAGAUAAUGAAAUAGGAGAUAACGGAGAAGGCAACGAACUAUCAGAUAGCCUUAUAAAAAAUCGUAUAGAAGCAGAAAAAUUAAAUAAUGAAAUACCAUACAUAACUAAUAUAUAUAAAGAAAUGCAUAGAUCAUCUGUUAUGCCAUUAAGAAUUGAAGCUUUUCAUUCAUUAGAGGACCAAAGAUUAAUAUAUGGAAAUCCAGAUUGGCAAAAAUAUUUUUGUCCAUUAUGUGAUCAAAAAUAUUAUCCACCUAAUGUUUAUGUAAAAAAUUAUAUACAUUAUUUAAAUGAACAUUGGAAUAAUAGAAAAAGUUUAGGUGGUUAUAUAAUAUUUCCUUGUAAAUUAGAGCAUGAUAAUAAUGAACAGAACCCAUCAGAAAAAAAAGUAGAUGCAGGAGUUACAUCUUACAAUGCUUCUAAAAAAUGGAAAAAAAAAAAAAAAAAAAUGAAAAGAAAUGCAAGAUUAUUUAUUAAUCCACAUUAUCAUUGCCCAUUAUGUUUACAUUUGCAAUUUGAUGAUUAUCAACUUCUAGUUGAACAUUGUACAAAAUUACACAAAUCUACAGGAGCAGAUCCUACAAGAACACUUCCACCAAAUUUUAUGCACACACCAUUUAUUAAUAACAAUGAUUAUUAUUGUUCUAUAAAAAAAAAUGAAACAGACAUAAGUAGUAAUGAUAUAUUAGAAUCUGAUCAAUCAGAUAAUAAAAUAGUUUCAGAAUCACAAAAAAAGGGUGAUCCCUUAUUCCAUGAUUCACCAUCCCAAUCAAAUUUAACACUUGAAUUAAAUAAUUUAAAAAAAAAUAAAAUGAAAAAUGGAAGAAUUAGCAAAGUUGCUUUUUGUGAAGAAAUUAAAGUUCGAGAAUAUGACAUUGAAUUAUCUAAAAUAGAAAAAUUUGGGGCCAGUAUUGGUCCAGUUUUUAAUGAUGAUAAAGAAGAACCAUCAAAUGUGGUUGCAUCUGAAGAUUCGGUGAACCACCCACCGUUGUCAAGCGAGUCAAACAAGUCAAACGAGUCAAACAAGCCAAACGAGUCAAACAAAUCAAGUGAAUCCUUUGAAUCAUCUAAAUUAAUAGAUGUAGUAAAACCUUUAGAUCCUCUGCCCAUUUUAGAAAAAUCACCUUCCGAAAAUCAUAGCAAUGAUUCUGUCGAAAAUUCGGUAUGUAAUAAAAAAGGAAGAGAGAAUAAAAUUAAAGAAUAUGCAAUUCCUCAAAAUAACAAUCAAACUGAUUCAACAAAUUUAGAAAAAUGUUUAAAGUUAGAUACGAAAACUAAAAAUGAUGAUAAAAUUGACAUAGAUGUAUAUGAUAAUUGUCUCACUUCUACUAUAUUAAAUAAUAAUAAUGAAUCACGUACUUAUAAAAAGAAUAACGAAAUUUCUAAAAAUGUUGAGCAUACUGGAUAUGCAAACAAUACCAAAUCUAAGUCUAUACAUCUGGAAAAUAGUGAUAAUGAUGAUGAUAAUGAUGAUGAUAAUGGUGAUGAUAAUGGUGAUGAUGAUGAUAAUUGUCUAUUUCGGGACAAUUCUAAAAUUAAGUUUUUAGAUAAAAAUGAAUCUAAUAAUUAUAUUGAUGAGUAUGUUUUAAAUUCAACAACAGAUGAAUCAACAAAUGAAAUAGAUGAUCAACAAUAUCCAAAUAAAAAUGAUGAUAAUAUAAACCCUUUUCAUCAAAAAAAUAAAAACAAACAAAAUUUAACCAACAAUAUAUCAGACAAUUCAUUAUCUAAUUUAUUAUCCUUAAAUUAUAUAUAUGAUUCAAAAAUUAAUGAUAUUAUUCCAGAUUCUAAAGAUGAAUAUGAAAAAAUAUUACAAAUAAAAGAACAACAUCUUAAUGAAAUUUUAUUAGAAAAUAUAAAAGAAAAUCAAAAAGAACAUAUAUUUAAUCAUAAUGAUAAUAAAAAAGUUGGUCAAUUUAUAAAAAAACGUAUUAAUAAUAUACAUAAAAACAUUAUAUCAAAAUAUAAACGAAAAAUUAAAAUGUCUACUAUACAAGAUCCAAAACAACGAGAAAUAAAAGAAAAAAAUUCUUAUUUAAAAAAUAAAUCUUAUGAAAAUAUUUAUAUCCCUCCAAAAAAUAUGAACAUAACUUUGAAUAACGAAAUAGAAAACACACCACUCAAAAAGAUUAUACGUCCCAAAAAAAAAGAAAAAAUUACAACACAACAAAUUAAUUGCAGAAAAAGUUCUAGAAAUAAAAAUAAAGUUACACAAUAA